UUUUAUUAAGGGAACAUUAAUACAUAAUCAAAUGCACCUCAUAACAUUUUUAUUGAUGCACAUAAAAUAAUAUGACUCGGUUUUCAAUAUGUACCGAAAAUAUACACAAAUAUUACUUCCUGUGUCAAUCUUACAACACCUUACAGUCAGUAUAAAACUUACAACAACUGAAUUGCAGAUCUUAACACUAAAGCAGCGAGGAGCGUUUAUAAAAUAUGAGAAUCUGUGAGGCUGCUGUGGUUCGUUGUUUUACAGCAUGUUAUUACAUUUAUUUUACGAGGACUUGCAACUCGGAACUCUAUAAAAAACUUUACAAGGCUAGAGUAUGACAUAUCUUAUGACGAUAUUUUGCAAGAUUUUACGCUGCUGGAAUCGUCUGCUUAGCUAUCAGUGGCGAGGGCUGGCACUGAUAUAAAUGGAUGCAUUAAUAUGACCUUGUUAAAAAAAUAAAAAUAAAAUAACAGGUUGAAUGCAGAAUAUCAAUACAGCUAAAUUAAGAUGAAAAUAUUUUUUUUAUCUUAUUUUUUAAGAGUACAAAUCAAGCAUACCGUUAUCAGCGGACUGAUUUACUCUCUGUAUUAGUAAAUAUGAUCACGUGAUUCAUGUAACCAAUCACUGGAGAUGAAGGCAGCAAAAAUACUAUGAUUGUUCAGAGGCAAGGUUUCGGAAACAGAGUAACGUUUUAUAUGCGUUCGAAGGGAUCCAAAAAUGUCGGGUAGUUCAGCUCUCAGUAGCUAUUAUGUGGACUCUAUUAUGGGGCACGACACGGAGGAUGUGUACGGAGCGCGUUAUGCCCAGGGCUCACACACAGUGAGGCCGUCAGGUGUGGCGGAAAAUGCGGACUUCUCCUCGUGCAGCUUCGCUCCAAAGUCAGCCGUGUUCCCUGCGUCCUGGACCUCGGUUCACCAACCAUCUACUGCUGCUGUGUCCGGACUUUACCAUCCGUACGUCCACCAGACCCAUCUUUCGGACAACAGAUACGUGCGCUCCUGGAUAGAGCCAGUCUCAAGUCAUAUCUCUCUAUCGGGGCUCCACUCCAGCAGUCGGCACAGCGGCACAAAGACUGAAAGUUUACCCUCGAAAAGGACUGAAAGCGCGGCGUUUGAAGCGGAGACACCGGUGGCUCCCGAGUUCAGCUGCAGCGCUGUGUCCGAGAGCGCAGACCAAGCGACCGAAGAAACGGUUACAAAUGAUAUUUCGAGUCACGGUGAACCUAAAGACGAAAAACAACAACUUGACCCAAGCAACCCGGCAGCAAACUGGAUCCAUGCGAGGUCAACAAGAAAGAAACGUUGCCCUUACACAAAAUAUCAGACUCUGGAAUUAGAGAAGGAGUUCCUGUAUAACAUGUAUUUAACGAGGGAUCGUCGUUAUGAAGUUGCACGAAUCCUGAAUUUAACAGAGCGGCAGGUUAAAAUCUGGUUUCAGAACAGAAGAAUGAAAAUGAAGAAGAUGAACCGAGAGAGAAGCAGCAAAGAUCCUUAGUGAACUGUGUGCUUCAGGCUCAGCUCAAAAGCUAAUGCGCGUUCCUGUAAUAUGCUUGGUUUAGGAUAGAUUUUUUUUUUAAAUGUAAAAUUUUAAUUUACUUGUUCAAAUGUCAUAUUCUGUUUGUAUAUAUAU